CACGGCAGAGCCCCUGAGCAGGGACUGCCGGGGGCCUGCGGGCUGGCAGGGAUGCACCGCCGCGGGGUGGGCGCCGGCGCCAUCGCCAAGAAGAAGCUGGCUGAGGCCAAAUAUAAGGAACGAGGCACUGUCCUAGCCGAGGACCAGCUGGCCCAGAUGUCAAAGCAGCUGGACAUGUUCAAGACCAACUUGGAAGAAUUUGCCAGUAAACACAAGCAAGAAAUCCGGAAGAAUCCUCAGUUCCGGUUGCAGUUCCAAGACAUGUGUGCCACCAUUGGGGUUGACCCCUUGGCCUCUGGGAAAGGAUUUUGGUCUGAGAUGCUGGGUGUUGGAGACUUUUAUUAUGAGCUGGGUGUUCAGAUUAUUGAGGUGUGCCUGGCACUGAAGCAUCGGAAUGGAGGUCUGAUCACUCUGGAGGAACUACACCAGCAGGUGUUGAAGGGAAGGGGCAAGUUUGCUCAGGAUGUCAGCCAAGAUGACCUCAUCCGGGCCAUCAAGAAACUGAAGGCCUUGGGCACUGGCUUCAGCAUCAUUCCUGUGGGAGGCACUUAUCUGGUCCAGUCAGUUCCAGCUGAACUCAACAUGGAUCAUACUGUGGUGCUGCAGCUAGCAGAGAAAAAUGGUUAUGUGACAGUCAGUGAGAUCAAAGCAAGUCUCAAAUGGGAGACAGAGAGAGCUCGGCAAGUGCUGGAGCACCUACUGAAAGAAGGGCUGGCCUGGCUGGAUCUGCAGGCUCCAGGGGAGGCACACUACUGGCUACCAGCUCUCUUCACAGACCUGUACUCCCAGGAAAUCACAGCUGAGGAAGCCAGGGAGGCCCUCCCCUGACUCUAGGUGGAAGCAGAUCAGUGGGAAGAAUGGAGGAAGACAGGGCAAGAUCUACCAAGGAAGCCUGAACAAUAAACAUUUUUGUAAGAAAACGG